ACCAAACUUUGUCAUCACUUCUACUGAGUCCCACAUCCCAUAUAUACAGCACUACCAGUAUUCUGUAUGUAUGAUGCCAGUAAUGUAUACGUAUGCCACUCCAAGGGGCCACAAUAUCACCGAUGCCUACUUUAUUACACCUCAACUCUGCCGACACUGUAAAGACUACAUAUGGUCAAAUGGUAAAGCCAGUAAGCUCUGCGAACUGUGUCACUGUGUGUUCCAUGAAGUUUGUUCUUUACACGCGCCGAAAUACAGAUGUGAAAGGAACGACGUUAGUGUGCCUGAAUAUUCCCAUGUAUAUGUGCCUGUUAGCCAGUGGUCAAGAGAUCAGGUGUUAGAAUGGAUGGCUGUCACAGAUUUGUAUCGCUAUGCUGACCUCUUCAAGACAAAAGAAAUUGAUGGUGCAAAGUUGGAGUCGUUGGAUGACCAAACACUUAUGCGAAUGGGAAUUCUAGACGAGUUUCGUCGACAGUGCAUUCUUAUUACCAGAGACGAGUUGUGCCGGGGUUCAUCGAUAACAAGAGAAGCAACAUCCACGUAUUCGUCAGCUGUUGGAGAUGAAGCGAAUCGACCGGCUUCAGACCAUCAGUUCCAAGAGCAUAGUUUCUCCUCUCUUCAGUGGUGUGACAAGUGCAACAAGUUUAUGUUUGGUCUGGUACGACAGGGCUUGCAGUGUCAAGUCUGUGGCUUCAGCUGCCAUCGUUGCUGUGCAAUGAACGGAUUACCGGUUUGUCUGGUGGACACCAAGGAAAGAUCCAGAAGAGACAGCUAUGGUCCAGAAUCUAUUUUUAACCAAGACCUAACCAUGCAGUUUGAUCCAUCAGAAGCGGAAGCGCCACUCGUCGUUAUAAAGUGUAUAGAGAUGGUUGAAGAAAGAGGUAUGGAUGUAGAGUUGAUAUAUCGCCAGAAUGUCUCAACAUUGGCUAUUAAUAAAAUCAAGCAGGCGUUCAACGUUGAGGUGCAGCAUGUUAACCUAGCAGCGUAUGACAUCCACUGUAUUGCUGCAACGCUUAAGAUGUACUUCAGUGAGCUUCCUAACCCCCUCAUUCCCUCAGAGAUGUAUGCAGAUUUUGUCAGUGCAAGUUCUAUUCGAGAUGACAGUGACAGCACUGCACGACUGCUUGAACUAACCAAUCAGCUAUCAGAACACCAUAAAUGCACUCUGGAAUACUUGCUUCGUCAUCUGAACCGUGUUUGUCAACAUCCACACAAUAAAAUGACUGCUAAAAAUUUGGCUUCUAUAUUUUGCCAUUCCUUGCUUUGGCCACCAAGGGAAACAAUGCUGCAAGUGCUACAGAAUUCUGACGCCCACCGGCGAAUCAUGGAACUGCUUAUAAAAAGAGGUGUGUUGUCGGAAGAGGACGCACUGCCAGAACGACCACCUCCAAUCCCACCGCGGGGUCGUGAAAAAAGCAUUGAUAUGUCACCUAGAAGUUUAGAAGAAGCAGAAUGGUACUGGGGAGAUAUUUCAAGAGAUUAUGUGAAUGAAGUAUUGAAAGAUACUCUUGAUGGGACGUUUCUUGUGAGGGACGCGACUAAUAAGGCGAGUGGUGGAUACACUCUCACUUUGAGGAAGGGUGGGAGCAACAAGUUAAUAAAGAUCUAUCAUAGAAACGGCAACUACGGCUUCUCUGAACCACUCGGCUUCAAGUCGGUGAUUGACCUCAUUGAUCACUAUAGAGACGUGUCGCUAGCUCAAUAUAAUAAAAAACUUGACGUUAGACUUCUCCAUCCUGCGUCCAAGAAAACUGAACAGCCCGAGGGACAAGACAGUGAUAUCGAGAAGGUGAAGGAGAAACUACAUGAAAUCAACGAUGAAUACAAAGACAAGACUGAAAGUUACGACAAACUUUAUGAAAUGUACAACAAAUCAACACAAGAAAUUCAGCUUAGGAGACAAGCUUUGGAGGCUUUCAAUGAAACAGUGAAAGUUUUUGAGGAACAAAUAAAAGUACAUGAAAGUCACCACAAAGACGCAAUCCCUGCUGAGGAGAGACAGAAAUUGAUGGAAAACUUCCGACUCUUGCAGCUGAGACUGGACGACAUCCUUUCAAAGAAAGAACAGUUGGAACAAGAACUGAAAAGACAAGCAGAAGAGAACAGAAAUCUAGACCGAGAAAUGAAUAGUUUAAAGCCAGACAUCCUGCAGCUUAGAAAACUCAGAGACCAGUAUGUCAUGUGGCUUGGUGCUAAGGGAGUAAGACAUGAUGAUAUCAACUUUCUUCUUGGUGUUUCAUCCAGGAAUGAAGUACCACAAGAUCAGAUGGCAUUUGAUGUUGACUCACUACCCCACCAUGAAGAAUCUCUCUGGUUCUUCCCUAAUAUUUCAAGACAAGAAGCGACGGAUAUGCUAACUAACAAGCCAAACGGGACAUUCCUCAUAAGAACUGCUAGUCGGUCUGGCAGCUAUGCAUGCUCAUUAGUUGCAAAUGGUGAGGUUAGGCACUGUGUGAUAAACAAAACACAGAAUGGAUAUGGAUUCGCAGAACCUUACACGAUUUACCAUUCUUUGAAAGAACUUGUGCUACACUAUCAACAGAACACUCUUGCGUUACACAACGAUCAAUUAGACACAAAUUUGUCAUAUCCAGUCGGUGUACCAACGCCGCUAAAUGAACCAGAUCUCCCGCGAUGAUCAACGUUUAGAAGAAAACAAACUUUAUUUUGUACAUAUCAACACAUGUUUUUUCAGAUGUUAAGUGAACAUGCAGUUAAACAACAACAAAAUUGGCUGAUUGAGUGUUUAAAAAGUGGUUUCUAUCCUACAAUCACAGCAUGGGGAAUGUGAAGGAGAAGUGACUAUUAGAUG